AUGGGUUGCUUGCCAAUGUCCGGCAACCGACUGGGCUUCUCGCAAGUGACCAAGAAGCCCAAGUUCGUGUACGUGGAGGGCAUCCGGCUGUCGCCAGCACUGACGCAGGACAGCAUCGUCUUCUCGCUCAACUUCGACCCGCUGGCCACGGACAUCGUGAUCGACUCGUAUCCCGGCUGCGGCAGCUCCUGGGUUGUGCAGAUCGUCCACCUGCUGCUCAACAACGGCCACCUCGGAAAGAUCGCCGAGUCGCUCACCAGGGAGGUCUGCUACCUCGAGGCGGAAGGAAACCAGGUCGACUCGUACCGGGCUCCACGGAUCAUCAAGACACACCUACCGUUCAAUGGCAUCGCCUACAACCCUGCAGCCAAGUACAUCUACAUCGCCCGGAACGUCAAGGACUGUUGCGUGUCCAUCUACCACAUCAUGAAGGCGUAUCCAGAGGACUAUCAGUUCCAGAACGGGACAUUCGAGGACGUCUUCGAGUGCUUCAUCCGCGGCGAGAUGGAGUACAACGACUACUUCGAUCACCUGCUGCCCUGGUGGAGCUACAAGAACGAGCCCAACAUACUGUUCCUCGUCUUCGAGACCAUGAAGAAGGAGCCCAAGGAGCACGUGCAGAUAAUCGCCCAGUUCCUGGGCGGCGUCGCCAACGACUUCAUCCAGGAUCAGAACAAGCUGCAGUCCUUGCUGCGCUUGACCAAUAUCCUCUUUAUGAAGCUCAAGGCACGCGAAUACGCCUCCGUCAUGCCCAAGAGGAAGUUCUUCGUCCGGGAGGGCGUGAUAGGUCAGUGGAAGAACUUCUUCACGGGUGAGCAGUCGCGCCGCAUGAACAACAGGUUCUUCCAGAGGACUGUCGACACGCCCAUGAACCUUCUCUGGAAAGGGAUGGGCGUCUUCGACUGA